GAGAUGAUGGCGCGAGUCAGUGGCUGCUGCUCUGUGUGGCGAGUCGUGUCUCAACCCUCCCUCCCUCACGGUGCUCACACGUUCUCUCCCUCUCUCCCUUCCUCCAGUGCAGACCAUUUCUCCGGCGCUCAGUCCUUCCCCCUCCUUCACUCCGGUGCUCAAACGUCCUGUGGCGCUAAAGGAUUGCAGUCUUAUUCUUUGCAACUCUUAGAAACCACGUGUUCAUUAACCUAAACAGAAAAAAACUCUGAAACCCAAAUACGAAUAAUGAGUUAUAAAACUGUUCAUUACGAAUAGAUCUCACGUGUUUGUGAAUUCUAUAAAAGUGUGACAUCCCGUGCAUCGUCCGCAAGUGGUAUCGGUGAAUCAAAGUGCAAAGAUGUGAUAGCUCCAUGGGAAUUUAUCAACUUAUUUAUUUAUUUAUUGGUUGGGAUAUGAAGGCCAAGUGAACGUGGAGGCCGCCGGGGCAGAAGACAGCAGGGCAGGGAAAUCUUGGAGUUCUGGACAGGUGGUCUUCCGAGGCGUGUGCUGGACGCCGGCCACAAGAACAGCUUCUCGCCACGCGCCACCAAAAUAACUUCGCGGAACAGUCGAAAUAUCGUUGACAGCCUACUACAGUUCGUGGCUCCCUCUGCCCCCCUGCCUCCCCGCCUCGCCGUCUGCAGGCAAGGGAGAAGCGGCGCCCUAUAUCUGGCACCGUCCCUUGGCACUGUGGCUAUGAUCGUAUGCCUUCACAACUCCUCUUCAUAGUUACCUCGCUGACGCGCAUGCUACCUGGAGAAACACGCAAGACACACACUCACCACAUCGCGAAAUAAAAAUGGCAUUCCACGUGAAAACUAUGACCUUGUUCCUGGCACUGCUCCUCAACGCUCUGCCUACGCUGGGUGACACUUCAUCGGAAGCUGACGUCGCGGAACUGAUCUCGGCGUCGCGGCAGGGGCUCCUAAAGAGGGUCAGGACGCUGCUGGAGGAAGGUGUUCAUGUCGACGCUACUGACGAUGCAGGACAGACGGCCCUGCAGGUGGGGGCCCGCAGCGGCAGCCUGGCGGUGGUGGAGGAGCUGCUCUUGCGCCGCGCCAACGUGUCCGCGCGUGACAACUGGGGGAAGGUGGCGCUGCACGAGGCGGCGUGGCUGGGGCGGGACGGCGUGGUGAAGGCCCUGCUCGCCCACAAUGCUAGUGUGCACGCCGCUGACAAAAAUGGCCAGACGCCCCUGCACUACGCCAGCGAGCAGCGGCGGGCGGCGGUGGCGCGGACGUUGCUGGCCCACGGUGCUGAUGUGAACGCCAAGGACAAAGAAGGACUGGCGCCCUUGCACUACGCCGCGUGGUUCGGCAGCGAGGAUGUAGCCGAGGAGCUGCUGGAUCAGGACGCCGACACCUCCGCCCGCGACAACCUCGGCCAGACGCCGCUGCACCUCGCCGUGGAGCACCGACAUCAGGCGGUGGCGGCGGUGCUGCUGCGUCACGGCGCCCCGCUGGACGCCGCCGACAACAACGGUAACACCGCGGUUCACCUGGCCGCGAGGGACAAGAACAUAAAAAUGACCGAGAUGCUGCUGCUCAAAUGUCCCGACUUGAGCCUCAGGAACCUCAACCAUCAGGAUGCGAGUGACGUGGCGCGCGUGUCCGGCCAGAAGCAGCUAGCGGGUCUCAUCUUGGCCCAGAGCCAUGUACCCUGCCGAGCGGAGGGCGCCACCUGUAAGUCCGGAGAGGUGUUCGGCGUGGCCCCACUGCAGCGCCUCACCUGUUCUGACACCUGGAAGCCUGCCCCACCCCCCGAGGCAUCCUACAGCUGCCGUGUGGGACAUCAGGAGCUGAGUCACGGCUCCGGCUGGCACGAUGGGUGUCACGGCUACAGGUGUGUGCUGGGGCAGGUGUGGCGCAACCCUGAGCUGGCCGGCACGUGUUGCGUGACGGAGGACGGCGAACACGGGGACGGCGCCUCCUGGACCGAGGGCUGCCGCUACGUCACCUGCCGCGGCGGGAAGGUGGAGCCCCUCGCCAUGGCCGCCUCCUGCUGUCGGGAUGACGAUGAAGUAUACGCCGACGGGGAGCAGUGGACGUCGGGGUGCUACCGGUGGACGUGUCGGGAUGGCAAGCCCCAACCGAACGCCACGCUGCCCCCCUGCUGCAAGGAGGCGUCCGGAGAGGUGCAUCCCGAGGGGGCGCGCUGGCACAUGGGUUGCUUUUACGUGUGGUGCAACGAGGGACGCAUCGAGACCUACGCCAUGAUGAACGUCUGCAAGAUGCUGUUUAUGAUGGUGGUGCUUGCGGUGGGCGGCGUUGUAAUCUCCAUCGUGCUGACCAUCUCCCUCCUCCGAGUUCGCAGGACACCGCCUCCGAUACCCAACAAGGAACGCCUCCUCCUCACCAACUCCACGCCCGGGCCAACGCCGCAGCCCUCCUAACGCCGCGUCUUCAGCUCUUGUAGGGAUUUUGAGGCAUAGUUGGAAGCGAGAUGUUUGUUCGUUUCCAGUCAAGAUGGUGAGAUGGAAAGAUGAAUGGGAUGCUGGUGAUGCUGGUGCAAUGGUAGGAGGAGGAGGAGGAGGAGAAAGAAAAAGAGGAGGAGGAGUGAUAGAAAAAGGAAAAGAAAAAGAACAAGAAAAAGAAAAAAAGCAAGAACAAGAAUAAGAACAAGAACAAGAACAAGGAAAAACACGUGACAAAAAAAACGAGGCUCACAUAGCAUUUCACGAACAUGAGAGUAAAAGAAGAAAAAAACUAGAACACAUGAAAAGUACAACAAAAAACACACAGAAAAACACCAACAACCAAAAAAACAAACCACAAACCACCAUUUACAAGUACAAAAAGUUCUCCAUAUUGAUUUCUCCCUCUCAAACACCUUUCAUCUAAAAUUUCGUCACGGGGGUUACAUAAGCUUGUCACCACCACAGCCUCCGCAUCCGCCGUCCGCUGCCACAACCGUCCGCUUACAUAUAUGGCUGAUGGCCUGUGCACGGAUCCCUCGCCUCGCCAACCAACCGCCGAGGCUACGUAACCACAGAGUCAGGGAAGGGAACUGCUGAAGGAGAACACGUGCGCUUGCUUGGAGUGACGUGCCGUGAAUGACCGAGGGACGAUGCUGCCUUACACGCGGACGAGGAAAGAUGUGCCGAAACGAAAGUGCAUAAAUGGAAGCAAGACGAAACGAAAGUGUAUAAAUAACAAAAAGACAAAAUGGAAAGUGUAUUGAUGUGAGAAAGAUAAAUAGGAGUGUAUAAAUGGGGAAAAAAAUAAAAAGAAAGUGCAUAGAUGGUAAAAUGACAAAAUGAAAGUGUGUAAAUGGCGGAAAGAUACUAAUGAAAGUGUUUACAAAUGGGAACGACACGAAAUGGCAAAACAAAAGACAAAAUGAAAGUGUACUGAUGGAAACAUGACAAGAUGAAAGUGUGUGAGUGGCAAAAAGGACAAAAAAAGAA